CAAUUCACAUCAUUCUCUUACUUUAUUUUUCAUUUAUUUUCAUUCCAUUAUUUUAUAAACAAUAAAAGAAAUGUAAAAUUAUAGAAUACUAAAAAAAGAAAGUGGUCUCCAACCAACUACAACUCAAAACUUCUCUCCCUCUCUUUGGUCCACCACUCUUAUUUCUCCCUUUCUUUCACACACACACACACACACACACACACACACACACACACACACACACCAAUCCUUCUUUCUUUCUUCCUUUAUAAACCAUCUCUUCUUUCCCUUCUUCCCCUCAGGGGCUUGCUCAAUCCAAAGCACUCCCCAUUCCCACAUUUCCCAACAAUAACCUCUCAACACCUUCAAUUUCACUUCACCCCUCUUACCAUAUUCGACAAAUAUCACAUACUCAUAUUGUAAUUGUGCACGUAUAUCAAAAGCCAAAAGCUAAGUGUGAAAUUAUAUAUAUUGUGUGUAGUAUCCUUUACCAAUGGCAUCGCCACCCGACACUAGCAAAACCACAAAGCUAGAGCGUUACAACAGCUAUAUUCGAAGAGUGAAUAGCACAAAACUCAUAGCGGCAUCAUCAAAACUCUUAUUUCGUGUCACUUUAUUAGUGGCACUCUUACUUAUUUUCUUCUUCACUAUAAAUUACCCUCCAUUAACUCCAGAAAAAAAUCCCCAUAAUUCCAUGAACAACAUUCACACCACUACUCAUAACCUUCUCUCUUCCGCCAUAUACGGCGGUGGGGCAUCGUGGGAGAAACAAGUACGUCACUCCUCCACGCCCCACCGCCCUAACGGCCUCUCCGUCCUCGUGACGGGGGCAGCAGGUUUCGUUGGUUCUCAUUGCUCUUUAGCAUUGAAGAAACGCGGCGACGGCGUUCUUGGUCUGGACAAUUUCAAUUCUUACUACGAUCCAUCGCUCAAGCGCGCUCGUCAAAAUCAGCUGUCGAAACAUCAAAUUUUCAUAGUCGAAGGCGACAUCAAUGACUCUGAGCUUCUUCAGAAGCUCUUCGACAUCGUUCCCUUCACUCACAUCCUUCAUUUAGCUGCACAGGCAGGCGUACGCUACGCUAUGCAGAAUCCACUCUCCUACGUUAACUCAAACGUAGCAGGAUUCGUCAAUCUUCUGGAAGUUGCUAAAUCUGCAGAUCCACAACCAGCCAUUGUCUGGGCCUCUUCUAGCUCCGUAUACGGUUUGAAUACAAAAGUUCCUUUCUCUGAAGAAGACGUAACUGAUAAACCUGCAAGUUUAUACGCUGCAACGAAGAAAGCAGGAGAGGCAAUUGCACAUACGUAUAACCAUAUAUACGGACUUUCAUUAACAGGUUUGCGUUUCUUCACUGUCUACGGACCUUGGGGAAGACCAGACAUGGCGUACUUUUUUUUCACCAAGGACAUGAUUCAAGGAAAAUCAAUAAACAUUUACGUUUCUCAAAAUGAUAAAGAGGUGGCGCGUGACUUCACGUACAUAGAUGAUAUAGUAAAAGGCUGCGUCGGCGCGUUGGACACGGCGGAGAAGAGCACCGGAAGCGGCGGAAAGAAAAAAGGUCCGGCCCAAUUAAGAGUGUAUAAUUUGGGGAACACGUCACCAGUGUCGGUGAAGAAGUUAGUGGCAAUUUUGGAAAAUUUGUUGAACAUUAAGGCUAAAAAGAAUGUUAUUAAAAUGCCACGAAACGGCGACGUUCCGUUUACACAUGCUAAUGUGAGUUUGGCAUUGAGGGAUUUUGGGUAUAAGCCUACAACUGAUUUGUCAAGUGGAUUGAGGAAAUUUGUUAAGUGGUAUGUGAGUUAUUAUGGGAUUCAAUCAAGGGUAAAAAAGGAAAAUGAAAGUGAGAAGUGAAAAGACUAGUUUACCCUUGGUUCAAUUUUUUUGUCUUUUUGGUCUGGAUGUAUUUUGGAUGAAAUUAUGCUACUUUACUUGUUUAUUUUUAGUAUAGGAUUAAUAGAAUUUUAUAUUCUUGUAAAAAUAAGAAAAUCAGAGAAGGGUGGAAAGGGCAAGUGUAGAUCUAUGAAAGUGGGGUUUAUAAUAAUGUAAUUUUUAAGGUAUUAUUGGAGGUAGGAUUUAUCAAAAUCACAAAUUGUAAUAUUUUGGAACAACAAUGAUGUUUACAUCAAGAUUA